GUCUUCGGUUAGGCUUUAAAAAGCAACUUCUACUGGCACUUAUUCUUUUACAGCAGUCAGCAGUGUGAAUGCUUUCUGAAGGUGGAUGGUGUGACAAGCUGUAAAUGUGCCUACUUUUUGGCAUCUUAAGUGGGUCAUUACUGCACAAAAAAAAAGAGUUUUUGGUUUCAUGUAAGCAGUAAUGACAAGAGGAAGAGGUUUUACCACAGGUGUCAUAGAAUUCACAGUUGACACUGAACUAUGAGUAAAGACAAGGACACAAACAUGAACAUUGAAACUUGUGAAGAUAUAUAAAUCUUGUGGUGAAAAGCAAGAUUUGAAUAAUAUAGUUAUAGUAAACUUUUGUCUCAGCAUUUUACUCUACUGCUUUACCUUACUUAUCACAACUGUCAAUAACCAAUCAGAAGAAAGGGGUGGAUUUACAACUGGGGUAAUUUACCUAAAGUGCACACUGACAAACUCACCGAGUCACAUUAUCAUUCAGAACAAAAUUAGUCGGACUGUGAACCUCUUCUCAGGAAAAUGACUGAAUCUUCCACAACGCUGUCACGGAAUGACAGCAACACAAGCCAAACUUGUGAUGUGUUCAUCUACAAGGAAUCGGCUCGGAUUCUCUUUCCCAUUUUUUACUCCCUGGUCCUCAUUGUCAGUGUUGCAGGCAACAGCCUGGUUCUUGGCAUCAUCUGUCGAAAGAAACAGAAAAUGAACUCGACCACGAUAUACCUGAUCAACCUGGCCAUCUCUGACACGCUCUUCACCUUGGCUCUGCCCGGCAGGAUCACUUACUACAUCCGUGGCUUCGACUGGCCUUUUGGAGAUCUGUUGUGCAGGCUGACCGCCAUGAUCUUCUACAGCAACACCUAUGCUGGCAUUGCCUUCAUGACUUGUAUCAGUGUGGAUCGCUACUUGGCCAUGUUGCACCGUCAGAGAUGUCUAAGAUUGAGGAAAAACAAGGUUGUGAAAAGGAUCUGUGCUCUGGUAUGGACGGUGGUUAUCCUGGAGACUUCCCUGCUGCUUUUCAAAAGCACCUUUGAGGAAAGAUCACCGACGCAACGGACAUGCAUGGAACUCUUUAAUUUUGAAGGACCACGAACGGCAUAUUUUCUUCUGGUUGCUUGCGUCAUUGGUUUUUUUGUGCCUUUGGGACUCAUCGUGCGCUGCUACAGCCAGGUCAACUCUAAGCUUUCCAGGAUAGCAAAAGAGAACCCGAUGACCAACAGGUCAGGAAGCAGCGGUAGAGCAAGAAAUACGAUUCUGCUCAUACUUUUCAGCUUUGUGGUGUGCUUUAUUCCCUACCACAUUAACAUCAUGCAGUUUGCAAUCAGAAGUCUGAUUAAUGAUCCCACUUGCGAGGAUAAGAAGAAUAUGAAAAUGUCCCUGCAGGUAACCUUUGCCAUGAUGAACUUUAACUGCUGCCUUGACCCUGUCAUUUACUUUUUUGCCAUCAAAACCUACAAGCAGAGAGUGAUAAGCCUUUUUAAGACCUACAUUUCAACUCCAUCUUCCAAAAGCACACAGGACAACAGCAGCAGUAACACAUGAGUGCCAACGUUACUUAAAUGAAAAAGCAGAUAAAGGAGGGCCUGGACUAGAUUUUUAGGCUGAAAAAAUAUGAAUAUUUUAAUAGCUUUACUUUUAUUUUUUUGCAAAAAUACAUUACUUUUAAUGGUGUAUAUCAUCUCAUUUGUUUUGUUUUGUUUUAUUUUUUAUUACAAUUUAUUGGUUGUUUUUUGAGAUAACUGACAAUUCUGUUUGUAUAGGGUGUACAGUUUAUAUGAAUUUGUAAAUGAUCACAUUAUUUCAUCUAUGCCAUGGGUUGUUUUAACCAAGUUGGGUAAAUAUUGGUAUCAACAGUACCAACAGCUGAGUUAAUAAAUAAAUAUAUUCUGGGGUGUUUCCCAGCAUAGCUUAAUUUAUACCAAAUUGGUUGCUUCUGUUUUAAACCAACAUUAAACAUCACUCUUUUGUUUAUGUAACAUAUUUCUCUGAAUGAUUAAUUUGCUAUCAGUUUCUGAUAACUUGGUGAAAUAAUUUGGUGGAAAAAUCCCACAUAAAGGUCAAGAGGACUAGAAACCGAUUUACAAUUCUAAGAAAAAAUGACUGAUUGUGUAGGUGUAUGAUUGACAUUCUGCAGGGUGCUGUGGGAAAACUCCUUACAUUAGUUUUGUGUAAUAUUAGUGUGUAACCCAAUGGGGUUUUCCUUGUAAUGUUUAGCUUAAACUUUUUAAGUCACUUUCACCCACUGAAUAAAGAUCAUCAGU